AUGGGAUCUGGUGGGCUUGGGGUACAUUCUGACCAAGAUGUAUCUAUGCAUUCUGCCGAUGAAGAUGAUGAGGAAGAUGUGGAGAAAGAAGACGACCGGGGUCUACCCACGAAACCGGAGCUCCCCCCACCGGAAGCUGGAACCACCUUGUUCAUACGGAAUGUCCCAUGGGAAGCUACCGAGGAAGAGCUUCGUCAAGCGUUACGAGGGUUUGGGCCCCUGAGAUAUCUCCGGAUAGUCAUGGACCACGAGGUCGGUCGUUCAAAAGGGACAGCAUUUGCGUGUUACUGGAAAAAGGAAGAUGCCGAUAAAGUGAUAGCCAACUCUGAAGCGCUCAGCAAGGAAACAUCAUCC